UGUUGCGUAGCACGUUGCACGAAUGAACAUGCUGAGAAGAUUUCCAUGCGCGUUCAGAGUACUAUUCUGCAGGUGUUUUGCAUAGUGCGGUACCUUUUCACCUAAUUUUCUUAGCUAAGAAGCAAAUUGAAACCAUGGCAGAACCUGUGGCUGCGAUGUGUGAUCAGCUUAUCAAAGCUGUGAACGUGAUGAUGGACGCAGAAUCAAGCCAAAUAUACCGACUGGAGGCCCUAAAGUUUUGCGAAGAGUUCAAAGAGAAGUGCCCAUUCUGUGUCCCGUGUGGCCUUCAGUUAGCUGAAAAAUCUCAAACAGCAGUAGUGAGGCACUUUGGUCUACAGAUACUGGAGCAUGUGAUCAAGUUCAGAUGGAACAACAUGCCACAGCAAGAGAAAGUCCAACUAAAGAACUGUGCCAUGGGGCUGUUAUCAAAUGGCACUCAUCCUAUUUUGCAGGAGCAGAGCCACGUCAAAGAUGUGCUCUCGCGCAUUGUGGUAGAGAUGAUAAAGAGAGAAUGGCCUCAACACUGGCCAGACAUGCUCAAAGAGAUGGAGACACUUACUAGUCAAGGGGAGGCACAGACAGAGCUGGUGAUGCUCAUCCUGCUGAGACUGGCGGAAGACGUAAUCACCUUCCAGACGCUCCCCACCCAGCGGAGACGUGACAUCCAGCAGACCCUCACGCAGAACAUGGACAGCAUCUUCAGCUUCCUGCUCACCAUACUGCAGCUCAACGUUGACGAGUACCGUCGACUGAAAAGAAUACCUGGGCAGGAAUUACAGGCCAAGGCUCACUGUCGGGUAGCCGUGGCGACCCUGAACACGUUGGCAGGCUACAUAGACUGGGUGGCCCUGGCCCACAUCACAAACGACAACUGCCGCCUGCUGGAAAUGUUGUGCCUGCUGCUGAGUGAGGCGGAGCUGCAGCUGGAGGCAGCCGAGUGCCUGCUCAUCGCCGUCAGCCGCAAGGGCAAGUUGGAGGACAGGAAGCCACUCAUGGUGCUGUUUGAUGAUGUUGCCAUGCACUACAUCCUGUCUGCUGCACAGACAGCAGAUGGAGCAGCGAUUAGCAACCAAAGCCCCACACAAUCUGAGAGGGUGGGGGUGGUGGAGAGGCACUACACCUUCCUGAAGAGACUGUGUCAGGUUUUAUGUGCCCUGGGCAGCCAGCUCUGUUACUUAGUGGGUUCGGAUGUAGAGGUGGAAGUACCUGCUAAUCUCAGCAAAUACACCGAGGCAUUCCUGUCCUUCACCACACAUCCCAGUCAGUUUCUGAGGUCAUCCACCCAGAUGAUGUGGGGAACAAUGUUCAGACAUGAGAUCCUGUCAAAGGACCCUGUCAUUGUCCAGAUGACCAUCAAGUACCUGAGGGCCACCAUGGUCAACCUUGUGAAGACAGGCUUUCCAUCCAAGAACGACAGUCCAAGCUGCGAGUAUUCACGCGUCGACUUCGACAGCGACGAGGACUUCAACUUCUUCUUCAACUCGUUCCGUGCACAGCAGGGGGAGGUGGUACGGAACGCGUGCCGGAUCGUUCCGCUGGAGACCUUCCAGAUCGCUGGCGAGUGGCUGCAGUAUCAGAUCAGCGCCCCCAUCGACAUGGGGACCACCACAUCUAAGACAGCAGAGGGGUUGUGCUCCAUUCUCUCUCCAUCGGUGGUCCAAUGGGACGCCAUGACCUUUUUCACAGAGAGUGUUGUGGGGCAAAUCUUCAAGAAUGUUCCAGAGGAGAACCUGCCUGUGGAGCAGGGUAUGGAGCUGCUGCAGGCCGUGUUAAACUACGACACCCGGGACCCCCUCAUCCUGUCCUGCGUCCUCACCAACGUCUCCGCCCUCUUCCCCUUCGUUACACACCGACCUCACUUCCUGCCUCAGGUCCUCUGCAAGCUUUUUGCCUCCAUCACAUUUGAGGUGGUCGAGGAGAGCAAGGCACCACGGACACGAGCGGUAAAGAAUGUCAGGAGGCACGCCUGCUCCUCCAUUAUCAAGAUGUGCAGAGACUAUCCGAAAUUCAUCCUGCCCUGCUUCGACAUGCUCUAUAACCACGUGAAGAAGCUGUUCUCCAACGAGGCCUUGCUGACGCAGAUGGAGAAGUGUGCUCUGAUGGAGGCCCUGGUUCUCAUCAGUAACCAGUUCAAAGACUACGCCAAGCAGAAGGCCUUCCUGGAAGAGCUCUUGAGCUCAGUGGCCGUGCGCUGGACCUCAGACGAGAUGAGGCAUGUUCUGGGGGAUCCAGCUGCCUUCCUAGCCUUUGUUGGUGCUGACCAGCAGGUGAUCGACCCCAGCGCAGAAGACACCACAGCCAUCAAUAGGACGCGGUUGAGUUUCUGCAUCUACACCAUCCUGGGGGUGGUGAAGAGGGCCCGCUGGCCAACCGAUCUGGAGGAGGCCAAGGCGGGGGGCUUCGUGGUGGGCUUCAGCCCCAGCGGAGCUACUAUCUACAGGAACCCCUGCACCGCCCAGAUCUUGGCCCUGCUGCCCAACCUGCUUGCUCUCAUCAGAACCCAUAACAGCUUGUUCCUUCCUGAGAACAUAACUCGUCUGAGCGAGACCUUCUCUCGGGCCUACGAGGUGAUGGAUGUGGAGAAGAAUGUGGUUCUAGGCCUCCCUCAGGCCCUGCUAGAUAUUUACGACUCUCCCGUGUAUAAAACCAACCUGGAGCGCAUGCAAGGCUUCUUCUGCACCUUAUACGACAACUGUUUUCACAUCCUGGGGAAUUCAGGCUUCUCUCUUCAGCAGGACUUCUACACCAUUGAGGCACUAGCUCAACAGAUAGUCGACUCCGCCUUCGUCUCUCUGGACUACGUCCCUGACCACAGACUCCGCCCCAUGAUCCGGGUGUUCCUGAAGCAACUGGUGCUGUCCUGCCCACAGGAAUACUACGACUCUCUCCUCUGCCCCCUGCUGGGGCCUCUGUUUGCCUACAUGCUGCAGAGACUCAACCUCAAGUGGCAGAUCAUCAAUCAGAGGAGCACUGCGAGCAGUGAGGAAGAGGAGGCCUGCGAGGAGAACCAGGUGACCCAGGAAAUGUUGGAGGAGCAGUUGGUCCGCCUCGUCACCAAGGAGGUUCUGGACCUGCUCAUGGUGAGCUGCAUCUCCAGAAAAGUGCCUGAACCAGCAGGGAACAAAGAAGACAUGGAUGACGAGGAGAUGAUGUCCACGGAGGCAGUGCCCGCUUCUCAUGCCCAGUCCACAGACGAACUGACAGACCUGGGGAAGUGUCUACUCAUAAAGGAGGACAUAUACAUGACGCUGCUGACCAUUUCCUUCAGUUCCCUGUCCUGGAAGGACACCAGUAACUGUCACCGCACUGCUUCCAUGGUCUGCUGGGCACUCCUACGACAGGUGGUGGGCGGUAACCUUCUCCCGGAGGCAGUCACAUGGUUCUACACCAGUGUUCUGAAGGGUCUGCAGAUGCACGGGCAGCACGAGGUCUGCAACCUGGCUCUCACACAACUGGCCAUGCUCGUCUACGAAAACCUGCGUCCUCGCUACGUCGAGCUGCGUGUAGUGAUGAGUCAGGUCCCCGGCAUCAGCAUGGAAGCUCUGGACCAGUAUGACCACAGGCUGCUGGAGCCAAACCCCGCUGCACCCAAAGUGGGGGACAAGAAGAGAAAAGACCAGUUCAAGAAGCUCAUCGCUGGAACCGUUGGGAAAGCUCUGGGCCAGCAGUUCAAGAAGGAAGUGCACAUCAGGAACCUUCCGUCACUGUUUAAGAAGCCCAAGCCAGAAAAACGGGACAUUCUGGACAGUGAGACGGGUGGUCUGGCUGCCCUCUUUUCUCCACAACAAGAUGAUAUCUAGGACCACUGCAGCACAACAUACCUCAAAAUGAACAAGGACGUAACACCCAUCCCAUGACUAGAUAAGCUAACCCACAGAUGAUUUUAUACCUCUGAACAAUUAACGUACUUUAAGGGUACAAGGAAAUACUAUAAAAUAAUGGAGCAAGUUAAACCACAAACUUUUGGCAAUUUGCCAAGAAUCAGAAAGGCCAAACGCUACGAAAGGUUACAGAUUUCAAGUGUCUCAAAUGAUUAGCGUUAGUUCUGAUAACAUUGUAUUUACAUAGCACAUUUCUUCCUCUGUGUGACGUAUUUAAAUAUAUAUUUUUUCAGUGCAUUUUUGCUUUAAUGGGACAGAUACAGUAAAAUAAAAAGGCAGGAAAUGUGAAGAAGAGAGGGUUAGGACCUGCAUGAAAUGGCGCGGGUUAGAUUCAAACCCGUGUUCCUGCGGUAAGGCCUUAGCCUACGUGGUGCGCGCCACUGGGGCGUCCCUGUGUAACGCAUUUAGCCUACGUUGUGUUAGCGUAGCUCCACUACCUCAGCUACAGUAGUGCUAAACCCAGCCAUGUUGUUCCUGUGGCCUCACAACGCCAUCAUCGGUUGAGUGAAGACAUGAUGGAUUUUAUCAACUGCUCACUGGGAUCCCAUGAAUGACUAAGAUGACCAUUCUUAGUCCACCCUGCCUGUACAAGACUUUGAAUGGUUUUGACUAACAAGGAAUGUUUUGGACAGUAACGACAAUUAAUAAUCGCUUGGAAGGUCUAGUUAUUUUCCACGUUCACGUGUCUUGUUGUUUUCACACUGCUCCCAAAUAGAAUCAAAUGAGCAGUAUUACAUUCCUAUUAUGUGAAACACCCACCCUCGCCAGUUUCCAGAGGGUGUUUUAUUGUUGUAAUGAGUCCAAAUUUAAUGCCACCAAUGUGUAUGCCCCCCAAAAGUUAUGAUUGAGUAAUCUCAAUCUUUCUGUUAAGGUGGUAGGCGUCAAGCUUUGAUAAAUUUGAGAUGGUCCUCAGGUUUUCCCUUCUUGCAACUGGUGAUUUUGAAUAUAUUCUUCCUACUGUUUUGGGAAUAAAAUGACAAAUGAAUUUCUGAUAAUAUGUAAUUCUCUUGAGAACUACCUGUUAACCUCCACCCACUCUGCCCUGUUAUUGAUUGUUAACCUGGCCAUUUUGUAUUACAGUUAUUCAACACUAAAGACAAAAAGAGAUCUGUUCUUGUAUAGGUGACUAUGUAUUUAAACUGUAGUGCUGUUUAUAUUUUGCCAUUCUUAAAUAAAAGAGAACUUGGAAGUGG